AUGGCUCCACUGCCUCCCGGCUUGAGAAAGCCUUCCGCACGUUCGCUGCGAACACAGCGCAUUACUGGUCAAAUCCACCAUCUUGCGCCUGACAAGGUCUUUCGAGAUGAUGCAGCUGUUACCGAUGACUUUAUCUCAAGCAAAAAGGAUAAGCGCUUAAUUAAGCACUCUACUUUCAUGUCGCGCGUCGCCUCGUCUGCUGGCGUCACUAAGUCUAAGAAGCGAACCGGCCGUGGGCGCAGUAAGCAGCUUAAGACGAACCUGGAAAGUUUGGCCGAUGCCCUGCCGGAGCUCGAGAGUGGAAUGGGUGGCGAAGAAAUCCUUGCGGGAAAGAUUAAACACAAGAGUCUGCGAAGCAAGAAGGGUGCGCUGAAGAGGAAGGAACAGGUUGUCAAGGGCGAGAUGGAGAGAUUCGGUGUCAGCAUGGCGAAGCUCUCAGAAACCAGUACGCAGGCAACAAGUAAAGCUGCAUCGGAGCCUGCUGCCACCGGAGGAAAUGCUUCAUCAAGUCGUUGGGCAGCUCUACGAGGCUACAUUUCUGCUACAAUGGACCAAAACCCUGCCUUUGUAGGCAAGUAA